ACGGUGAUGAAAGCUGAUUUUCACUUUCUGGGAGAAGAAGAAAAUCACACUCUGUUUUUCGGAAUGUUGUGAAGAAGGAAGAGCUGAAGCUGGGAAUAGGAUAAGCCGAUAGCGAAACUGUAAUGGCGGCGGCGAUGACCUCCUCCACCACUACUACUACCCACAUCCUUCAGCGACUCCUCCACCCAGCACCACGGCAGCCGCCGUUCCCCCCUUGCUUCUUCUUCCGAUCAAUUCGCUCCGCCGCCGCGAGCUCAAAACCUAGUCCCUCUGACCGCCGUUGCCGGAAAACACCCAUCACCCUCUUCUCUGCCGCAGCCGCUUCUCCUCUCCCGUCCCAUUCCGCUCUCUUCUUAUCCACUCAUUCCUUCUGUUCCCCUCCUCAAUCCGCCGUCUCGCCGGCUCUGACGUUUGAAGAAGAAGAGGAAUACGAAGAAGAUGAUGGUGAAUACGAGGUAGAGGAAGGCGACGCCCACGAGGGUUUUAGUGAUGACAUUGAGCUUGAUUCCGACGAAGAGGAAGAAGGGGAUGGCGAGGGAUUGAGUGCAGAGCUGGAAGUGAACAAUGGCGGCGGCGGUGGGUCGAAGGGAAUUGAACAAGCCAGCCUGCCCAAAUUGAGUGUGAAGGAGAAGAAAGAGUUGGCUUCCUACGCCCAUGGAUUGGGGGAUAAGCUCAAGUCCCAAUUAGUAGGCAAGUCUGGUGUCACAGAUAAUGUCGCCACCUCUUUCAUCGAGACCCUUGAAGCCAACGAACUCCUCAAGAUUAAGAUACACAGAACAUGUCCAGGCGAGAUGGAGGACGUGGUGCAGCAUCUGGUGAAACUAACUGGUUCCAUUGUGGUCAGUCAAAUUGGUCGAACGGUGAUCAUAUAUCGGCCGAGCAUUUCCAAAAUGAAGGCAGAAGAGAAGAGGCGGCAGGAUCGGAAAAUGUAUGUAAGGAGGGCAUCGAACAAACCAACAUUCAGGCCACCGUUUAAGGUUGAGCAUGAUUCCUAUGAACCGAAAACGAACGGGCGUGGACGUCGAGGGAACAGUCGAUUCCUGUGACAUUACUGCUGGAGAUUUGUCCACUGAAGAAUCGAUACUUUAAUGGUAGAAAUCGAGAAGGUGACGGUCCAAAUUCUUUAGCUGAGAUGCAUCUUUCAGUAAAGAAAGCUGGGAUGGAUGGGAUGAAGUAGGCUGGUUUGAUGUUUCAAAUCACCGCAUUCAUCAUUUUUUGCAUCUAUGCUUAGAUAAAGCUUUCUGAUACCAUGUGGAUGGUUUUUGGACUACUGAUUCUGUAUACGAGAGAAACAGGGGAUUCAGGAAUUCGCCUUACGCUCAUACUAUACUAUGUACUUGAGCCAAAUGAAUGAAAUGCAAAAAUGUACUCUUCUUAAAUCUUUGUCGUUGCGUUUGUUUCAUUUUGUAAGAAUUCAUUUUCCCUCCAUCAUGGGAGCCGUAGCUGACUAGCUGUGUUUCUGAACAAGGUAAAAGAACUUUUCAUCAACAGUAUAUUUACAGAUUGACAUGUAUGCUAAGUCCACGACCAAAACUCUUGAUAAUAAUAUGAAGCUAAGC